GUCUUUACUCAUGCCAAAUUGGAGAAUAUGAGAGUCUCCUCAAAAACCUGUAAGGACUCAGUGGUCUGCGUCACCCUCAAUUGCUAGUCGCCUUUCAAGAAGCUAAUACCUGGCACAAUCACGGUAUGCCAUGUCCUGUAGCGCGGGGCGAUCAGCUCUUGUCGCGUCCAGAAAAAUUUCCGGACGCGAUAUUCAUCGUGGGACGCCUCAAGUCUGGCGGUCUGUCAGUGCAUUAGGUUCGCGUACUGGAUUAGAAGAUCGCGCAGCACAUCUGAAUCCAGGGAACAGCAUUCGCCAGCUUCGUGCGGCUCACAGUACACGUGAGCAUGCCUGCUCAAACACGCGCGCGGUAGGCUCAUCUUCGGCUUCGCACGCAGAGCAGGACCCAGAGUCUCCAAGCCAGGAUCUCGAAUUUGAGGCACAUAAUCCCCAACGGUGCAACUUCGAGCAGUCCAUUACCUGGUUCCAGCAGCAUGUCGAGGAGCAGUCCCCUGGAGUGUGUGAGUUCAGGCGAUUGCCCAGCAAACUUAUUCAUAUUGUUUCGUAAAAUGAGAGGGGGGAGUUCUAUAGAGCGUAGGCUACCGGUGUGGGCGGUUCUGCAGGUAAGAAGUACCAGAUACCGGGGUGCUAUGCGCAGGCAGUUUCAUUUCAAGGGGGUUUUAGUGAGAGAUGAUGGUGGUGUUGUCUUGUGUUCCCCGAAAGACGAUGCUGCGCGGCUCUUCCUUCCGGGUGAACUAUCUGUCAGCAGAGGUUUCGGCUGCGUGGCUCUGUUGUGCAUGCAGGAUCCGUGUCGUCCUGGAGUUUCGGCGUCGUCUCGACUUUGUGAGCUCUGGAAUGCUCUGCCGCAGCGAACGGUGCUCGAUUGGUGCACUCAGACCACACUACUAGAUGGCUUCCAUGCCCAGGCUGUGCAAAGGCCACUUCGUGCGCAAGAACUGUUACUGCAAUUUUCGGGACUGCCUGUGUCCUAUGGGAAUACUUUUGGUUCGCUGCAUAAUAUGCAACUGGGGGACUAUCGUGUACUUUUCCGCGCAUGCCAUGCGAUGGGCACGAAAAAAGAUAAGUGGCGAGUGCGUUUGGAUAGAUAUUGUAGGACUGCAGGAAGAAGGCGACGAUCAGAGCGAUUCGAUGUCAGUCAUGGCAUUGACGUUUUCAUGUUUGCAGUUACAAGCACGCGAUUGGAUGCGUCUGAGAAGAAUUUGUGUGAUGUUAGCGGUAUUUUUGUUUUCCCCAAAUGGCUAAUGAUUCGUCAUUGUCUUCUAGCGGACAAGAACAAAGGUCAUCGUGGGUCCACAUGGUGGAAGAUCUUCCCUCCGGAAGCUGCGAUACCACGUCUUUUUGUUACCCUUGCAGCAGAGCAGCGGCAGUUCUAUAUACCUCUGAACACGGAUCCUCUAUGCAGCACGACACAUGAUUCCCCUUGUGCCAAAAAGCUCCAGCAGAUACUGUCAACCCUGGAGGAGGGUGCAACAGAAACCCUGUGCAAAAGCGUUCGCUCGGCCCCUGCAGCUGCUACCUGCAUUCUAGCGCAAUCCGGAAGGUCGUUGGCACUUUGUUGA